GCAGCGCUUAAAAACCAAAAACAAGCAGUUGGCGGUGGUGGUGUCGAAAGAUUUGACUUUUUGACGUAAAUUAUUCGUGUAGUAAAUAUGGCUGACGAACUCAAUGUUGACAGUCUAAUUCACAGACUUUUAGAAGUUCGAGGAUGCAGGCCUGGCAAGACUGUGCAGAUGUCGGAGUCAGAGGUGCGGGGCCUAUGCACCAAGUCCAGAGAAAUAUUCCUGCAACAGCCCAUACUACUGGAAUUGGAAGCACCACUCAAAAUUUGUGGUGAUAUACAUGGUCAGUACACGGAUUUACUACGUCUGUUCGAAUAUGGCGGCUUCCCUCCCGAAGCUAACUAUCUAUUCCUGGGUGAUUACGUGGAUCGCGGCAAGCAAUCCCUGGAGACCAUUUGCCUUCUGCUCGCUUACAAAAUCAAGUAUCCUGAGAACUUCUUCCUUCUCAGAGGCAAUCAUGAGUGUGCUAGCAUAAAUCGCAUUUAUGGUUUCUACGACGAAUGCAAACGCCGAUACAAUAUCAAGCUGUGGAAGACAUUCACAGAUUGCUUCAAUUGCUUGCCAAUAGCAGCUAUCAUUGAUGAAAAGAUUUUCUGCUGUCAUGGUGGCCUCUCUCCGGAUCUACAAGGCAUGGAGCAAAUCAGGCGAAUAAUGCGACCCACUGAUGUCCCCGACACAGGGCUGCUUUGCGACCUAUUAUGGUCAGAUCCAGACAAAGACGUACAGGGUUGGGGCGAGAAUGACCGCGGCGUGUCCUUCACGUUUGGUCCUGAUGUCGUCAGUAAAUUCCUCAACAGACAUGAUCUGGAUCUGAUUUGUCGGGCUCACCAGGUAGUGGAAGAUGGAUACGAGUUCUUUGCAAAGCGACAACUGGUGACACUGUUUUCUGCGCCCAACUACUGUGGAGAGUUUGACAAUGCUGGUGGCAUGAUGUCUGUUGACGAAACGCUCAUGUGUUCUUUCCAGAUACUGAAACCAUCUGAGAAGAAAGCAAAAUACCAGUACAAUGGCAUAAACAGUGGGAGGCCGGCCACACCUCAACGAUCACCACCUAAGAAGAAAUAACUGACGUUUGGGAUCCAGUGUGCUGCACAGUGAGAGGAAUGCUACAAAUAAUUAAUUAUAUCAUGUAUUAUAAUUAUUAUGUUUAGUAUGGUCAUUAGACAUAGCCGAAUAAUAAUAUGUCGCGUAUUGUUAAAAUUUAUUUAUCGAUUUGCUUGUGCCUUCUUAUUUUUAAUUUAUAUUAUUAAUGUGAGUGAUAUUAAUUUAUGAGUUUAGUUCUACAGAUUGUAUUGAGCUGACAUUAUAUAUUCGGCGAUGCCUCGGUGACUAUUGCUUUUUCGAUCCCUGGUUAUAAGGCAGCCUUUGAAGUGGUAUUGUACCCUGUUGUGUUAUUGUAACAUGUUGAUGUUGUAGUAAAUUGUUUCGUUAAUUUUAAAAUGUUUGAGGUGGCAAGCGAUCUUAAAGAUGCGGGCAUUGGAGACGAAAGCGUCGUUACAUUUCAUAUUAACUAUUUAUUAAGUUGUAGUGGAUCGAAAGCACAUUCGCUUGGUUAAUUCUGUAACUAAUGUGCCUAUAAAUGUAAAUUAUAUAUAGGUCUUGAGUAAGUGACGAUAAUUGGUUAAUUUGAAAUUUCUAGUUUUAUCGGAUUAGGCAAAAAAUUAAAAUGAAUGAUCGUCCAUGGAACUGUCCUCUGAUUAUUUUAGUGAAUGAUAUUUUGUUUUCUCUAUAAUCCUAUUGUGGAG